AGGAGCCCGACCAUGUUUCCGACAAUUUCAUUCUGCACGUCUUCUUAAAUGUUUCAGGUUAUGGCACAACCAGAUCCCACCACCCAAAAACGUCGCCAUUAAUGGCCUGCAGCUUGUCUCUCUUCACCAGAAUCAACAGAAGAAGAACCGGGUCUUGAUUAUGUUUCAACCGUCGAGUGUCUACGACUCCAUAUAUGCUUAAGAGUUGAGGCUGGUGUGAUUCAGUGCCUUCAGAGAAAUGGAGGGGCGAGCCCUGACCGAGACGCCCACUUGGGCGGUGGCUACGGUGGUUGGUCUCAUGGUUAUUGUAGGGCUUUUCUUCCAUGCUUCUUUGAAACGAUUAAGGAAGUGGUUAGAUAAGACCAAGAGGAAACCUCUAUUAGCUGCUCUGCAGAAGAUUAAAGAAGAGUUGAUGCUUUUUGGGCUAAUGUCAUUGCUGAUGGGUCAUUGGAUUGGAUAUGUGGCUAAGCUAUGUGUUAAAUCAACAGCCUUAAGCACCCGGUUUUAUCCUUGUUCCUUAAAUAAUGGCUCCAGAAAAUACACUUUUGUUUCAAGUUUAGAGCUGCUUAUUAAUAACACAGUUGUUAGAGAAGAGGAAAUGAGCAAUAAGAGACAUGAUUACUGCCCUAAGCAGGGUCAUGAAUCAUUUGCUUCGAGAGAGAGUCUCGAGCAACUUCAUCGUUUCAUGUUUGUCCUUGGCAUUAUCCAUGUUUCUUACAGUUUUAUCGCCAUUGUCUUGGCCAUGAUUAAGAUCUAUAGCUGGAGAACAUGGGAAAACCAAGCCAAGUCAAUGGCUAUUGCUAAUAUACAAGAUAACCAGCAAGCUACAUCACACAAUAUGAAAAUGAGGCGACCGACCACUUUCAUUCUUCAUAAUGUGUCCCAUCCAUGGAGCAGGUGCAAAGUUCUUGUUUGGCUGCUCUGUUUCAGCCGCCAAUUCUGGAGUUCAAUUAACCAAGCGGACUAUUUAGCUUUGCGCUUAGGCUUCAUUACUGCUCAUCAGCUCCCAUCUACAUAUGAUUUUCACAGUUAUAUGCUUCGAAGCAUGGAGGAAGAAUUCCGUGAUAUUGUUGGAAUUAGUGUGCCUCUCUGGGUUUAUGCCAUACUUUGCAUUUUCCUUGAGUUUCAUGGAACUGAUGCCUACUUUUGGCUUUCUUUUGUUCCUGCCAUUUUGAUAUUAUUAAUUGGCAUGAAACUUCACCGGGUGGUUGUAAAGUUAGCUGUUGAAACUAUGGAUCAAUAUCCAUGGAUGGGACUUCAUCAGUUUAAUCUGAGGGACAGUCUGUUUUGGUUUGGAAAGCCUCAACUUCUUUUAUGGUUGAUUCAACUGAUAUCAUUUCAGAAUGCAUUUGAGAUGGCAACAUUUGUUUGGUCUAUGUGGGAAAUCAGGGAUUCCUCAUGCUUUAUGGAAGACCGUAUCUCUGUUGCAAUCCGCUUGACAUUCGGGGUCAUCACCCAGAUAUGGUGUAGCUACAUCACAUUUCCCCUCUAUGUUAUAGUUACACAGAUGGGAUCAAAGUUCAAGAAAUCAGUGAUUUCAGAAAAUGUAAGGGAUUCACUCUCCAAGUGGCAGAAGAGAGUAAAUGCAAAGAGAAGUUCAAGGCAUGUUGGCUCAUCUCUUGCACUCUUAAAAGAGAUAUCAAUUACACCUCCAGAUUCGAGCGUCAAGGGAGACAGCCCUUCAAUGGAGGAAGAUUUGUCAGUCCUGCAACAAGCUGCUUCAACAUCACAUGAUCCAAAAAUGGAACUUUCUACAGUCAAUGAUAACCCAGUUGAAGACCAUGACAAGCAGAAUUCAGGUCUCAGGCAUAUUGAUACAGAUCCGAGUCAUGAUAACCACAGCAUGGAGAAUUCAGACGAUAUAAACAAGGACGGAGAGAAUUCAAGUCAUGAUGAUUGUAUUAUCUAACAGUUUGUACUACUACUAUUUCCAAUAUUCAGCUACAACAGGUUAAACAGCAACCGUCUUUAGUUUGGAUA